AUGAACGGCGGUACCUUUUCCCCCCUAGCGGAAGGGGAAGGCUCCGCGGGGGACCCCGUAGACCAUCGCUUCCGCGGAAGGUUAGAGAUGGGCGCUGGCGCGCUUGGCGGAUCUGUGGCGGAGGCUUCGGCGGAAGAUGUUUCGAGCGGAGGCCGGUCGGCGGAGGAUGAGCGCCCGCUGAUUGCGCCAUCAGAGCGCGAAGUAGGCGCGUGGGCGGAAGGGCAGGCGCAAAGGACCAGCGCGAGCUUGGAGAAUGGAUGGGAUGAUUCUUUGCGCAAAGGGGGAAGCCAGGGGGAGUUGCGCCACGAGGAGGGCACAGCUGCGCGCGAGGUGCGCGGAGACGGAGACCUUGGGGGAGCGGAGAGAUUGCGCGGCGGCGGAGCUAGCGCGGACGCCAAUGGAUGCGCGGAAACUGGCCGUCCGGGAUCUGCUGGCGGAGGCGCGGGGGAAGCCGAGGGGGGAAAUUCGGCGGAAAUAGGCGGCGGGGAUGCGGGGAGAGGGGGAGGGGAGGCGGAAGAGUUGAUCCGGGCGGAAAACGACAAAGCGGAGGAGGAACGCGGAGAAGGGUACGAUAGGAGCGGAAACGGAAUAUGGGUAGACGAGGAGAAAGCGCUCCGGGACGAGAAGGCAGCGGAGUCCGCGGAGGAUCCUUCCGCGGAUGGCGGCGCGAAGGGGAACGCGGGCGGGGAGUGCUCCGGGAGCGAGUCGUCGCGGCGCACGGCAGACGGGGAGCGGUCGUUCGUGUGGCUGCUGAACGUGCCGCUAGAGGCGGAAGAUGACGUGGAGGAGGACGUGGAAGUGGGGGAUGAUGACGAGGAUUGGGAGGAUGUUGAAGACGGGGAGGAGGGCGCCGGGGGGGAGGCGGAUGGGGAGGAAGGGGGCGAGGGAAGCAGGUCCGGGAGAGGCGGCGGCGCGGGGGGCGGGGCUGGCGGCGCGGAAAACACGUGGCGCGCGCUGGAAGGCCACGAGGACAAAUUCGUGGAGCUGCAACGGCUAUUCGUAGGGCCGAAAUUCGCGACCGGCACAUACGGACGGCUUUACCAGGGCCUGUACGAAGGGCAGGACGUGGCGAUUAAGAUCCUACGGCCACCAGACAGCGAGGGCGAAGCGGAGAAACUCGCGCAUCAGUUCAAGCAAGAAGUAGACCUCCUCGCGCGCUUAGACCACCCGAACGUGGUGCGGUUUAUUGGCGCGUGCCAGCGCCCGCCCACGUGGUGUAUUUUGACGGAGUACCUGGGCGGGGGGAGCCUGCGCGCGUUCCUGCAGAAGCGCGAGGGGCAGCUGCUCCCGCUGCAAGAGGUGGUGCGCCUGGCGCUCGAUAUCGCGCGCGGCAUGGCGUACCUGCACGCGGAGGGCGUGGUGCACCGGGACUUAAAGCCCGACAACCUCGUCCUCACGACAGACAACGUCGUCAAAAUCACCGACUUCGGCGUGGCCCGUCUCGAAGCCGACACGUCCAUGAUGACCGCCGAGACGGGCACGUACCGGUGGAUGGCGCCGGAGGUGGUGGACCACCGGCCGUACACCAAGAACGUGGACGUGUACAGCUUCGGGAUUGUCCUGUGGGAGCUCUGCACCGUGCAGCUGCCGUUUGCGGGCAUGACCGCCAUGCAGGCUGCGUUCGCCGUGGUUAAUCGGGGCACGCGGCCGGACAUACCAGCAAACGUCCCACUCCCUCUAGCCGAGCUCAUGCAGGCGUGCUGGCACAGCAACCCCGACCGGCGCCCGCCCUUCACGCGUUUUGUUUCUGAUUAUCCUGAGUCUCAGCAGUUAAUUAACAUCCGGUGCGCCAUGCCCGCUGAUCCUGAGGGCCCCAAGCGGGGCGAACCUUCCGCCGCUCAAUCCGCUUCCGCCAAGCCCGCGGAGGCAAAAUCAACUGCGGGAGGGGCGGCGUCCGCGGCAGGCGCUGCAGCGCCAAAAUCUGAACCAGCUCCGGCGCCGUCGAAUGCGGUGGUUAAAGCCGGCGCGACUGGCGGAAAAGCGGCAGCGCAGGCGGGAGCUUCUGCGCCUCCCGCUGCGAAGCCGGCGGCAACCACGAUAUCAGCAACGGUCCUAGCAAAAGCAUCAACGGCGUUAUCUUCUGCGACGAAGCCCGCUCCUGCGACGGCCCCUGCGACGAAACCCUCGUCUGCGACACCAGCUCCGGUGAAGCCCUCGGCUGCGACAACAGCUGCAGCGAAGCCUCCGGGCGUGGCGACGGAGGCGACGAAGGCGCCCGGAGCAACGACUGCCGCUUCGGUCGCGAAACCCGCAGCAACAGCAACAGCCGCAGCAGCUGCCGGCGCAGUAACGAAACCAGCAACGGCCGGCGGAGGAGGAGGAGGAGGAGCGAUUCCCGCGUCGUCGGCAAAGGCGGGCUCGACGGCUCCAACGGUCAAACCUGCAGCGGCCGCUCAAGCAGCAGGCACCCAAGCGGCGUCUAGUCAAGCAGCAGAGACUCGAGUUGUCUCGGCUCAACCCGCGAAAGCAGCGCCAACCACGGCAGCAACCAAAGCUGCUGCGCCUGCUACGGCUGGCGCAAAGCCCGCAGGAGCGCAAGGUAAACCAGCUACUGCGAGUUCAGCCGGCGGACCUGCGCCUGCAGGAGCAGUGGCGGGGGCAGCGGCGGGAGCAGCGGUGGGGGCAACGACGAAAGCUGUUCCGUCGCCGAAGCCAGCCGCGCCUGUGGCGGGAGCGGCGAAACCGGUCGUUGCGACGGCUCCAGUCGCGAAAGCGACCAUUGCGACGUCGUCAGGAGUGAAGGCUGGCCCGACGAUCGCCCCUGCGACGAACGCUCCUGCGGCGAGCGCUCCUGCGGCAAACGCUCCUGCGACGAACGCCUCUGCGACGAACGCCCCUGUGACGAACGCUCCUGCGACAAAUGCCUCUGCGACGAAGCCUGCUGCUGCGAUGGGAAUCCCGACGGUGAAAGCUCUCGUGGCACCCGCGUUAGUGACGAAGGCGUCGCCCGUUGCGACGGUUUCUGCGACAAAGACGCCUCCUGCGACAGCCUCAGUGACGAAACCGAGAGCCACGUCACCUCCUGCAGCGAAAGCGAGAGCCACGUCACCGCCUGUAGCGAAAGCGAGAGCCACGUCACCCCCUGCAGUGAAAGCUGGUGCUGCGCCUCCCGGCGGAGGAAAACCCGCUGCUGCUGCGAUUUCUGCGCCCGCCCUGGGGAAGGCGGAAGGGGGGACUGGCGCUGAGCCAAAAGCGGAUGGCGGGGUAAAGGUUGGCGCGCCCGCUGCUGCGGCAGCGGGGAAAACAACGCAACCAGCCGCGGGGAAAGCCAGUUCUUCAGCUCCAGCAGGCGCAACCACCGGCGCAGCUACGGGCGCAGCUGCAGGCGCAGCUGCAGGCGCAAUCACGGGCGCAACGAAGGGCGUAACUAAGAGCGCAACUACGGGCGCAACUACGGGCGCAACUGCAGGCGCAAUUGCAGGCGCAAUUGCAGGCGCAAUUACAGGCGCUGCUACGGGCGGAAGCGGAGCCGGAGGGGGCGGAAAUGCGGGAGCAGUGGCGGGGGAGAAAGGAGGGCAAGCGAAGACGAGUGGUGGUGAGGCUACGGGUAAAGCUAGUGAGAGCGCUGGAGGUGGUAAGGACAAGGAGAAGGAUGGGAGUGGGCAAGUGGGUAAGGGAGACGAUGGGACGGGUAAAGGAGAGAAGGGGGAUGGGAGUAAGGGAGUUGAGGUGAAAGGGGAUGGGGCGAAGAAGGGGGAGCAGAGCACAGAGGUUGCGGAAAACAAAGGGGACGAGAAGAAGGGCGAGGAGAAGAAGGGAAAGGAGAAGGGAGAGGAGGAGAAAGGAGAGGAGAAGAAGGGAGAAGAGAAGGAGGGAGAAGAGAAGAAAGGGGAAGAGGAGAAGGGAGAAGAGAAGAAGGGAGCAGCAAAGGAGGAGGAAGAGAAGGAAGAUGAGCAAGCAACCGGAGAAAGGGAGAGUGAAGGGAAGGCGAAGGAUGCAGGGUCGGACGAGACAGGGAAGAAGGAUGAAGAGGUAAGGAAGGAAGGGGCACGAGGAGUCGAAUCUGGAAAGGUGGAAGGAGAGAAAGACGGGAAGCAGGGAAAAGGGAAAGGACAGCAGGUGGAAGAGGAGGAAGAGGAGAAAGAGGAAGGAGAUGAUAUGGAUGAGGAUGGGAGGGAAGGAGGAGAGGAGGAGAAGGGUAAGAAGGGUGAGAAGGGCGAGAAGGCAAGUGUGGAUGUUGCAAAGAAGAGGAAGGCGGAGGAGGAGGAGGAGAAGGAGGAGGAGGAGGAGGAGGAGGAGGAGCUUGAAUCAGAAGAGGAAGAGGAGGAGGAAGAGGAGGAGGAAGAGGAGGAAGAAGAGGAGGAGGAGGAGCAAGAUGAUGAGGACGAGGAGGGCGACGAGGGAAAGGAGGAGUCAGAGGAGGAAUCGGAGGAGGAAGAGAAGAAACCAGCACAGGCGAGAAGGGCCUCUGUGGGCUCAAUUGCAGGCAAGGGCGCAAGAGACGGGGGCAGGGCCAUGGGCGGAAGGCGUGGCAGCCGCAAGCCUAAUGUGCGUCUGGGGGAGCUUAUUUCCGCGAGUGCCCGCCUUGGCUCCUCUGCCGCUGUUGCUGCUGCUGUUGCCGCAUCGGGAGGAGCAGCAGGGGCGGGGAAAGAGAGUGCUGCUUCUCCUGCAGGGAAGCGAGCUAAGACUGCGGGUGGUCAGACUCCUGGGGGGGGGAAGAGUAAGGAGGGGGAGGGGGCGGAGAAGAAGGGGGCGCAGAGGUCUGGGGGAAAGGCGGCGGGGGGUAAGGAGGUGGGUGGGGCUAAGGGGAAGGAUGGGGGAAAGCAGACGCAGGGGAAGGGGGGGAAGCAGGGGGAUGUGGGGAAGAAAGGGGGAGCAGGGGAGCAUGGGAAGGGGGAGGAUAAGAAAUAUUCUCCUGCGCGCAAGUCCCCCACUCCUAAGAUCCGUCCUAUUCCGCAGGACAGCAGAGGUUUUGGGGGGAAAGAGGGGGGCGCAAGGGGGAAGGCGGCUGUAGCAGCAGCUGCUGGGAUAGGCAAAGGGGGGAAGGCUGUAGCGGCUGAUGCAGCUGCUAAGGCAGGGGCCAAUGCAGGCGCAGGUCGUGGGAAGAGCGAUGGGAAGAGCGGUAAGAAGGCGGCUCAAGCAGAGGCUCACGGGGGCAAGGAGGACGCUGGCGCAGCAGGCACAGGAGGUGCAGGCGCAAGCCCGGGCGCAGCAGAAACAAAACUGGGAUACCUAGAUCGCAUGAGGCGUGGGCGGGAGCGGAUCGAGGCAGUGGGGGGCGUGGGCGCGUGGCUUGGGUCCCUCGGUUUGGCCCGAUACAGCGGGACGUUUGAGGAGAACGAGGUGGAUGUUGAGGCGGCCACUGUGCUCACUGCUGAUGAUUUGAAGGAUAUGGGUGUGGCGCUUGGGGCGCGCCGCAAGCUGCUCUGUGCGAUCGCGGAUCUGGUGUCUGGUGUGGAGAAGGAGGGGGGUGUUGAUGAGGAUGGAGAUGGGGGGAAGGGUGGAGAGGAGGAGGGGCAUGAGAAGUCGGGGAUAUCGCGACGCGCUUCCGCGCACUCCGUGCCACAAAACCCCCACGCGCCGAUGGCUUCUCUCUCCCUUGCUCUUUCUCCGGCCCGCGUUGCCCCAUCCGCUUCUCCCGCCGUCCUCCGCCAUCGCUCCGCCGCUGUCGCGACAUUGCACGUUAACGCCCCCCUGACAGCCCCCGCGGUCUCCGCCAAAUCUUCCCCCGACUCCCCUUUGCGCCAGUGCCAGCCUCGCGAAGCGUCCCCUUCCCCCUCUCCGCUCCGCCCCCCCCCCGCUCUGCGCGCCCCAUUAGCGGCACUCUCCGCCGCGCUGCUUCCCGCCCUACCCGCGCUUGCGGACAUCGCGGAGGAUGCUGCGGGGGCGGCGGAAGCGGGCGGCGCGGAAGGCAUUUCCGCGGUCGUGGUCGCAGUGGGGGCGGUGGCUGGCGCGGGGGCGGUGUUCGCGGCAGUGAAGGCUUACGCGCACUUUCGACUGCAGUUCUUAGUGGCGCGUUUUGUGGGCCGGCACGUGCCACGUGGCGGCGCGGUAGUGCUGGAUUUCCGCGCGGGCAGCGGCAGGAACCUCUACUACGUGCCUAACGACCUCAGCAAGCUUCUGGCCAUGCAGGCCGACGUGCAACCCAGCCUGCUCAAGCAGCAGGCCUUGUCAGAAGGUGUGCCCAUUGACGUGCUGCCAGAUGGCCUCACCGCACUCAACCGCAUUGAAUCGGCCUCGGUCGACGCCGUGAUCACAGUGGAUGGCUUUAAGCGUCUCACGCCCUCAGAGGCCACCGCGGCUGCAGCAGGCAUCGCUCGGGUCCUCAAGCCAAGCAGACCGCUGAUAUUUGUGGAGGCAUGUGGGAGUGGCAGCCCAGAAGUCAAGGACACGUCGCACCCGUCCUUCUCCUUCCUCCCCGAUGCGGUGCUGCCCCUAUACGAGCAGGUGAAUUAUGAUUAUGUGCUGCCGAAUGUGGACCGUCAUGUGGUAGGGGUGGCCGUUCGAUCCUCAGACCCUGCGCCCGUCUCGUCAAGCAGCUCUUCCAAAUCUUCCUCGGCUUCGGGGUUCAGUUUAGGGAGAAGUGGGAAGAAGCAGUGA